CUUUACACUUUCUUGCUUUCAUCGCCUUUCUAGCUAAUAUACCAGCCAAGUUGAAAGGCAACAGCGCCACAAGGGCGUUAUUUAUUAGUUUCUGAUUCCUUCUUUGAAUUGUAGAAAGAAGCUUUGAGAAAGACAGAAAGGGAAAGAAAAAACAAGUUUAUGCCUCCUCUUUUUCCUUGCUUCUAAUUUUUUGUGAAUCCUAUUCAUGGGGAGGUGGAGAUACAAAUUCAGAGCUUUCCGACUAUCCGAAAUGAUGCCAAAUUCAUGGCUCAAUAAGCUGAGGGACAUGAGAAUCAGAAGAAGCAAAGGUAGCAGAAAAGUUCAGAAUUCCAUGAAAACCGGAAGAUCCUUUGAAAACCAAAAGCCAAGCCGAGAAGCGCCACAAAAGCAAGCAUAUGACCCAAACAGACCGUCCAAUUAUAUUCCAAGCGGAAACAGAGUAGAAAAACUUCCUUAUUCUCCCACGCCUUUCGAUAAACCGAGAAAAACCAAGCCAAAUAUUCGUAAGAAUCCGCUGAGCACUCAAAACAAGCACAUCUCUUCCUCUCUGUCUUCCAUUAAUAAUUCCAAAGAACAGAGCUCCUCCUUUCCAAGCUCAGAGCCAGCCCAUGAAACUCCUCUGCACCACUUGGACGGUGUCUUAUUCUCUACUGAUUUUAAUCUUUCCAUUAUUCUUCCUCCUAUAGUGACUAAGCCCAUCAAGAAAGCGACACAUGAACCCGACAUAGCAGCUGGACAACCAAUCCACGUAAGGAGGUUAUACACGUCCCAAACUCCACGAAAUAAGAUGCGAUUGAAUUCACCCAGGCUAGCAAAGAAGAGGCUACGACAGAAGAACGGGUUGGCUGAUAGCUUCGUGGUGGUCAAGUUUUCGUCAGACCCGGAAAGUGACUUCAGAGAAUCCAUGCUAGAGAUGAUCUUUCAGAACAAUCUUUGGGCUUCGAAGGAUUUGGAGGAGCUUCUCUCUUGCUAUCUUUAUUUCAAUUCGGACGAGUAUCACGAUCUCAUCGUGCAGGCUUUCAAGCAAAUCUGGUUUGAUCUUACUGUCAUGAACCUGCAAUACAAGUAG